AUGUCAUCCCAUGGCUUGCUCGCGUGCGAGAACGAUCUCCAAAACGCUACCCAACAGAAUGCCGCACUAAGGGACAAUCACCCUAUGAAAGGAGUGCCAGUGUUGAGAGCGGAGCUAAGCAAAUGUCAAACGGAGAAGAGUAUGCUGGGGUGGUUUGAUGAUGCUUGGCGGGUGCAUGUUGAGGAGCACGGAGAAGACGAAGACGAAGAGUGGAGAGAGAGCAUGAUAGAUACAAUCCUUGGACAGAUGAAGGAUUCGAUUUUGUCUGCCGAAAAGAAGAGGAGAGACGAGAAGAGGGAGCAGGCAGAGAACCACGAGGAGAAGUAG